GAUUAAGUUAUCUGCGGAAGUUCAUCUACAGUUCUAAUUAAAAAUAGAAUUUUUAGAAAACUAAAUAUUUUAGUGCGGCGUGAAUCUCGGCCGCGUGAGUUUUCGAGCUGAAGAAACAAAUUGGUGAUGGAAGAAAACGCAAACGAUGAAUGUCAGUUUGGAAAUCACUGGAUUUUAGAAUUAGAAGGAGCAUACACGUGGAUGCAAGCCUAUUUUUACUACUAUAUCGCGCCUGAAGAUUACUUGAGCCGACAAGAUAUUGUAAUGAAACCGAACGAGAUCAUCUUACCGUUUGCUGUCAAAUUUGCUGGUGAAGUUGCUCAGAUACCGGUGUUGUUGACAGUUUUGCUUCUAAAUCUGUAUUGUCUGAUGGUAAUUUUGCGUUCGGAGGAGCUUCACACCCUGGAUUAUUUUCUGAUUACUUACCAAUGCUUAAGCGAUUUGUUAUAUUCUGGAUUUCUUGGAACGGUUUUUUUCUUUUUUGACAACUACCUGCAUGUCAAAAUCAUUUGCAAAUUCUUUAUGACAAUGGGGCUGGAAAAUUGUUAUCCUUUUCUUGUCAAAUUUUGCCAAUCGUUAUCAGGAUAUCAAUUGAUAGGACCUGGAGAGACUGUCUACCUAGUUUUUGAUGAUCUUGGCUGGCAAAAGAAUCGGAGUCAAUUAUAUUACAGUUUGUUCAAGUAUAUUCCAGAUUACUAUUCAUAUUGGUCACAAGUUUUCCUGAUGUUAGCCAUAUCAAUCGAACGAUACAUCUUGAUUGUAAAGGCAACUGAGUCAAAAACGCUUCUAUCAACUCGUCGAAGAAGACUGCUAUACGGCUUUGCAAUUAUUUUGGGUUUCAUUAUCCCAUCGGUAUAUGUGGUCGAUUAUGUGUUCGUGAACAUGUUGCAGAUUGAACUGGGUUCAGAUAAAGAUUUCCAAUAUCAAUAUAAUUACGAAUCUCUUUGGUGCAAAUUCUGUUCGCUUCCUACUUAUGUUCACACGAUAGUUCUUCCAGCUGUGUUCCAUCUCUCUUCUAUUCUAUGUUCUGGAUUUCUAUAUUGGAGAACUUGGCAUUGCUUGCGAGGAAUGAAACAAUUGGAUCGAAAAGAACUCUUGUCAAAAACAUUUGCAAUUUUGUGGAUUUCUUGGGUUCUGUUAGUAACACCCGAUAUUUUGAAGGAAGCAAUCACUGGCUCCACGAGUGACGAACGUCUCAAUAUUGGAGCAGCUUACACUGGUUCAUUUCAACAAUUCAUGGACGAGUUUUUCAUAAAGAAAGAGCAGUUCGAAGCACUUGACUAUGAAUGGAAUUCAAUCUCUUUGACUCAUGCAACUAUGAUAUUGGCUAUCAAAGCGUCCCUGCGAACCGUGAAGAUCUCAUUUGGAUUUGUAAAUUCUAUCAUUCUGAUAGUUCUCAUGAAACCCUUUCAUGAACCAAUUAUCAGAUUGAUUCAGCGACUUUCCAAUAUUGCAAAAACAGUCAGAAGCAAAGUGGCUUCAACUAAUUCAAACUAG